GCAGCCUCCGCCGGGGACCAGCCCUCUCUCGGUGCCGCCUCCGCCCUUCCUGUGCGCUCCUCAUCCUCCCAAUUUCCACUUAAAUAAUACUGGGGAAUUGUUUCUAAUUUUUUAUAAAGGAGAGGCGGGGGAGGGGAGGAAUCGUAGUUGUGAGGAGCAGAGGGACCCAGCGGCUCAGAGGUCAGGCUGCUUUUCCGGGAUACGAUCUUCCUUCGGGAGAAGCGAGGAUGCUUGAAGGAGCUGUGGUGUAAAGGAAUUUAUUAGCCAUGGAUGUAUUCAUGAAAGGACUUUCAAAGGCCAAGGAGGGAGUUGUGGCUGCUGCUGAAAAAACCAAGCAGGGUGUGGCAGAAGCAGCGGGAAAAACAAAAGAGGGAGUUCUGUAUGUAGGCUCCAAAACCAAGGAAGGAGUGGUUCAUGGUGUGACAACAGUGGCUGAGAAGACCAAAGAGCAGGUGACAAAUGUCGGAGAGGCAGUGGUGACAGGGGUGACAGCAGUAGCACAGAAGACAGUGGAGGGAGCAGGGAGCAUUGCAGCUGCCACUGGCUUUGGUAAAAAGGAGCAGUUGGGCAAGAGUGAAGAAGGAAGCCCACAGGAAGGAAUUCUGGAAGAUAUGCCUGUGGAUCCUGACAAUGAGGCAUAUGAAAUGCCUUCUGAGGAAGGGUAUCAAGACUAUGAACCUGAAGCCUAAGAAUUAUCUUUGCUCCCAGUCUGAGGUCUGCUAGCAGACAGACAUUCCAUCCUGUACAAGUACUCAGUUCCAGCGUGCCCAGUCAUGACAUUUCCUCAGAGUUUACAGUGUAUUUUGAACUCUGCCAUCAUCAGUGAUUGAAGUAUCUGUACCUGCCCUGACUCAGCAUUUCAGUGCUUCCCUCUCACUGGAGGGUCCUUGUGUGCUGUGUGGCUUCAAAUCUAAAAUGUUAAAACAAAUUAAAAACACCUAAGUGACUACCACUUAUUUCUAUUUUUUUCGUUACUGUUGUGGAGAAGUUGUGAUUUACUAUCAUAGAAGAUUUUUAGGUAUCUUUUAAUGAUUCACUGUAAGAAUAAUGAUGUGCUGUGAACUUUGUUAAUAUAUACAUUAAAAUCGUGAGCAUGAAACUAUGCACCUAUAAAUGUUAACUAUUGAAUUUUACUGUUUUGUGAUGUUUUAUUAACUUGUUUGUAUAUAAAUGGUGAUAAUUAAAAUGUUACUCAUUACAAAAAUCCUAUUGUUUAUCCCACCUCACUUUAAUAAAAUCAUGCUUAUAAACAACA